AUGGAGACCGAACGCCUGAUAAAAAAGCCUAAGCUGUCCGAUCAUCUAUUGGAAUUAAAGUUUAUGCAACGAACGCAACAAAAGCUUCGUAUUGCUGAAGAAAAUGCUAGACAUUUAGCAAUUAAUGGUGAAUCUCAAUGGUGGUUAAACUAUGACGAUGUUGAAAUUGGAAAGCCUAAAAUAAAUAUCAAAUAUUGCCCAAGUUAUUUCUCUUGUAUAAAUCCGACAUUUGCGGGGAGAAUGUCUUUCGGAAAAAAAGAGGAGCCUGUUAGGCCUGAAAUUAUAACACUAGAUGAUGACGAUGUUACAGUAUAUGAUCAAAAACCAGCUUCGAAGAGUAAACGCAAACGUGACUCUAUUUUACCCACUCGAAAAAAAAGAUCGAUUGAAGUUCAAAACAUUGAGUAUAUAGAUGAUAAUGAUGAAGAAGCUUUAGUCCCUCAAACAAGAUAUAAUUUGAGGUCUAGAAAACCAUCAUCUUCUCAAACUAUUGAAGAGACAAUUACUCUAAAUACCCAGAGCAAUCGGGCUAUCGAAUUUAUGAAACCACCAGAAUGA